AUGCAGAAAGCGUUGCCUCCACGGACUCCACAGAUUCGCUGGAGGCGUAUGGGUGGUAUGGGUGGGAGGCGUCAGGAGCUCGAGACACCGUCUCACUUGGUGAUGACCCAGGACGGAUCCGUGGAGCUCCGGCCUGACAGCUCAGCGUCAAAAGAUGUGUACAGAAAGCUUGCAUGCAUCAGCAUUCCGGAGACGGGAUUUUGGAGGGGUCUUGAGCUCCUGCUCAUGGAAGAACUAUGGGGUCCCACAGGGCUGCAUUAUUUGCACCCACUUUGGAGCCAGACCACGGACAUGGUAAUUCACUGUGUGCCUGCCCGAUGCACGAGCGCAGAGCUGGAGGGGUUCAUCCGUGCCAGUGCACCCAGCAUGCCUCUCGAGACCAAAAUCACGCUGCCCUCGAACCGAGAUGGCACCAACCGACGCUACGCAUUCGUAGCCCAUCAUGCAAACUUACGUACCACGGUCGCAGCUUUGUGGCAGCAGCAUGUGCCGUCUCGGCCAGGGUCUGGGCCACUGAAGUUGUUUCCAGCUUGCUUGCAAGAGUUCUAUCGCAGGUUGGGCGGUGGGCCAGGGGACGCGCCGUUGUGGCUCACCGGCAGCACCAGAUACUGA